GACUGUGUUGCUGUGACAACAAGUAUUGUUUGAGGUACCACUUUGCUAACUAUUCUGCUAGCUUCUCUCUCUCUCUAAGAGCUAUCAGAGCUUUUACUGAAGAUAGUUCUUGGUGUCCGUGACAAUUGACUAUGCCACCAAAAAACAAGGGCACAAGUAAAAAGUCUGCAAAGGGAAAGACUCCCGUGGUGAUAGAUGGCGUUUCCACUGACGAGAUGUCCAAGGAGCAGUUGGAGGAGCACAUUACCCGCCUCCGAGAGGAGCUGGACAGAGAGAGGGAGGAGAGAAACUACUUUCAGCUGGAGAGGGACAAGAUUCACAUCUUCUGGGAGAUCACUAAGAGACAGUUCGAGGAGAACAAGUCUGAGCUGAGGAACAGAGACAGGGAGAUAGAGGAGGCUGAGGAACGCCACCAAGUAGAGAUCAAGGUGUACAAACAGAAGAUGAAGCAUCUCCUGUGUGAACACCAGAACACCAUCUCUGAGCUGAAAGCAGAGGGCGUCAUCUCCACCAAGCUGUUGGAGAGUGAGCAUGCAGGAUUACAGAGUGAGCUUCGGAAAGGAAUGCAAGCUCUCAAAGUGGACACAAAGGAUCAGGAGCUCUCGAAUGAAAAUGCUAUCAAAGAGCUCAAUUUGAAACAUGAUGAAGAAUUAAUUAAAGUAACAGACUCUUUUAAGAACCAAGUCAGAGAAAUUGAAGCCAGAUAUGCAAAGAAGAUGGAGUGUCUGCGAGAACAGCAGGAAAACCGAAGGAAAACUGAAAUCAGUGAGAUUGAGGAUCGCAUGAACAGCCACAUCACCACUCUCAUAAAGAACCAUGAAAAAAAUGUCAAUGAUAUCAGGGAAUACCACAAUGACCUUAAACAAAAAGAUUUGGCUGUCAAUAAAUUAUUAAUGGAACAAAUCACAGACAUGAAGACAAAACAGCAGCAACUGGAGAGCGACAUGUCAAAAGUGAUGCUUGAGAACAAAAGUCUGGCAGAACCUCUGCAGAAAGCUCAGAGGGAGGUGGCUGAGCUUCAGAAACAACUCACCAGCUAUGAGAGGGACAAGGCCUUGUUGGCGAGUGUCAAAGCACGUUUGAAAGUUGGAGAAAAGGACAUGAAAGAUCUGAAAUGGGAGCAUGAGGUGCUACAGCAGACAUUCAACAAGGUUCAGCUGGAAAGAGAUGAGCUAUACAGGAAAUUUACUCAAGCCAUUCAAGAGGUGCAAGAAAGAAGUGGUUUUAAGAAUGUGCUCUUGGAAAGGAAGCUGGGAGCUCUGACAGACACCCUGGAAAAGAAGGAGGCUCAGCUCUACGCAGUGCUCUCUGCCUCAAACAUGGAUCAAACUGCCCUCGCUGGGGUCACAGGCAAACUUGAGGAAGUUUUGGACUCCAAGAAUGUUUCCAUCAAGGACCUGCAGUAUGAAAUUGCUCGAGUUUGCAAGGCCCAUAAUGACCUGCUGCGCACCUACGAGGCGAAGUUAAGGGCUUUUGGCAUCCCUGUGGAGGAGCUGGACUUCAAGCCGUUGCAGAGUAGUCUGGCUGGGGGAACUCUGGGACAAGGUCCUGCUGGUCUCGUCUCUGCCCCCAAAUGAUAAGCAACUAAGACUGAGGACUCUCUCUAGUUUAUUUUCCUUAGAUGCCUUUGUUUUGGACUGAGGUAUUUUUAUCUGUUCAAUUUGACGGUGACUUUUUUUGUUUUCUGUUCUCUUUUGACUGAAAUGCAGAGCAUCAGAUAAGUGGUAAAUAGAUUUGUAUGAGAUUGAUGUUUACCUCUCACUGUGACAAAUGAAAGUGAUUUAAAAUUGAUAUUUAUUGUAGAUUUUUAUAUCAAAUAGACAAGAUCUUAAAAUAUGAUACGACGACACUCUGCAGAUCAGUACUGGGCUGAAGAGCCUAUGACACUUCAGGGCCUGCAGGUGGUGCUCCAGUCUUAUUCUACUGAGUUAACGUCCUAAACUGUACACUCUAUUGCUGCAGUGAAUUACAAGGGAAAGAGGAAAAUUUAUUUUCUUGUGUGUAUGUGCCUUGACGACCUUGUUAAUCUGAAAACUGUAAUAAACACUUUGUAAACAAAGUCAACAUUGGGGUAAUGGUGUUAGAACAGGGGUGUGUUAUGUGUUAUGUUUUCAUACCCUGUGUUCUCGGUCUUCUACUUCAAUGUCACUUGUCUGAGUGAAACCUUAAGACAAAGAACAAAUCUAUUUUUAUUUUUUAGUUUGUUUAUUCGCAGGAUAUCUCUACACGUCAUGAGUUCUGUUCACAGAACGUGGAAGUAUCGUCCAUGAUAGUUGCAAAAAUCAUGUCAUAUUUUAAAAUGCAAUCAUGAAAAAAAGAAAAAAAUCAGAGGCUCUCUUAUUUAUACUAAUAUUGCUCAUGUAAAGCAGCCAUUUUGAUUUGAUCUGGUUGAUCUUCUGAAAAUAAAGCACUCAUGUGGGUCUA